AUGAUAAAUAUAUUUAGAAUAUUGGGUGAUUUCUCUCAUUUGGCCAGUAUUGGGAUCCUUAUCCACACAGUGACCACCACAAUUGCCAUUGAUGGUAUCUCAUUGAAAACCCAGGUACUUUAUGCUCUGGUAUUUUUAACACGUUAUAUGGAUCUAUUGAGCUUCCAUUGGGUCUCGUUAUACAACACUUUAAUGAAACUAUUUUUCAUUGGGUCAUCCAUCUAUAUUGUCGUGUUGAUUCAAAGUUUCCAAAAGAAGAACCCUAUCGCCUAUAAAGAAAUGAUCAUGAAUGACACUUUCAAAAUACAAUUCCUUUUGAUCGGAGCCUUGAUUAUGUCACUAAUAUUCCAUCACAAAUUCACUUUACUGGAAUUAUUAUGGAGUUUUUCAGUUUGGUUGGAGAGUGUGGCAAUCUUACCACAGUUGUUCAUGUUAAGUAAGAUCGGCAAGGCUCCAUCAUUAACUGUACAUUACAUUUUCUCCCUAGGGAUAUAUAGAUUCCUUUACAUUUUCAACUGGAUCUGGAGAUAUUACAGUGAAGAGAAAUGGGACUAUAUAGCCAUCAUGGCAGGCGUCUUGCAGACUCUAUUAUACAGCGAUUUCUUCUAUAUCUACUAUAAGAAAGUUAUUAAAUCAGGUAAAUUCGAAUUACCUCAUUAA